AAUCACUGGAUCUAAAAAGCACUCGAGAACUGGCACUAACAUUUGAAAACACUUCCAUCAUCUCCGGCUUAACAUCAUCAUUCAUUCAAACAUUCAAAAAAAAUCACCAACAUCAUACAUUCAUACUCAACAUGCCAUAAAUCAUCCAACAAAACUUCACUCCACAAUGUCAUCCUCCACAGCACGCCGCCCAAAACACACCGUCACCGUCUCUAAAACCACCACCCUUCCACCACCAAAAACAUCCAAAAUCACAACCCCGUCAUCCAAAACAACCACGUUCACCGGAAAAGAAAACGCCAAUGUUUUCAGAUCCACUUCACGGACUCGAGCUGCAUCGAAGCCGCUGCUUCCUCCAGUGGCUCGAGCCGAUAAGGAGAGCGUGGAGCCACGCGCCAGGUGGUCAACAAGUGUCUCUGUACAGUCAAGAGGUAGAAGCUCUAGUCCUUGUGAGUUUAAUAGGAUUAAUAAUAUUAUUACAUCUGAUAUGCGUAAACCUAGGGUUUCGGUUGAUCGAAAUGCGAGAAGUGUUAGUGUUGAUAGGCCUGCUAGGGCUUCCAAUGUUCCUGAUUCUAGAUCUAGUUAUAACAUUGGAGUUAAGAGUUUAAUAACUUCUGUUGCCAGUUUUGAGAAAAGUAGUGAGUUGGUAAAAGAAUCGAAACCGAAAGGGCCGAAACUUGUAAAAGCACGAAGUGCUAGGGUUUCUACUGUUUCGGAUGAAAACUGUAGUUUAGAUUCUGUUCCGAAAGUUUCAGAGACUGUUAAGUUGUUUGAGAAGAAGUUCAGGUCGAAAUCGUGUGUAGGAUUAAGGACUGGUAGUUUAACUGAGUGUGAGGAGAAUGGUAUUCGGUCGAGUUUUGGUAAUUCUAGUGGGAAGUUAAGUAGAGGGAGUGGUUUGGAUGUUUCGAAAGAGAAGAAGCCGAGUGAAGAUAGUUUAAGUGCUAAGUAUCCGAGUAAGCUGCACGGGAAACUUGCGUUUUUGGAAGAGAAGGUGAAGAGAAUAGCGUCGGAUAUUAAGAGGACUAAGGAGAUGCUGGAUUUGAAUAAUCCUGGUGCGUCGAAAGUGAUGCUUUCGGAUAUUCAAGAUUCUGUUGAGGGGAUUGAGAAGGCAAUGGGUGAUGUUGUGAGUGGUGAAAUUGUAAGUGAUAAUUUGCAGAUAAACACGACAAAAAGGCGUAGUUCAAUUAAGGAGUCAAGUGAUUCAAGAAGUUCAGCUAAGGGAUUGAAUACUGAUGAACUCGAAGCACGGUUCUUUCCUCACCAUAAAUUACUCAGAGACCGAUCAACACUAAAAGCGCCUUUAGGAAGCCACGAAACCUUCAAUACAGAAGCUGUUUUAGCUAUCACCAAAGCAAAACAGCGUGAAAAUAGUAGUGCGCCUGUGUUAUCAGAUUUAUCGAGUAAAGAGGAGUCUAAAGUUACAGUUAGGGACUGUUUGGAGAUAUGCAGAGUUGAAGAAACAGACAGCACAGUAAAUACAAAAGAACAGGAUUCCUUAAACACUUAUGAUGGAAAAGGACCAAAAGGUAAUGUUGAGACAAUGCUCACUGCUUAUGAAACACUAGAAGAAUGUGACGAAGAAGAAAAUAAAACAGUUAUGAUACAUGUAGAGGAGAUAGAUGAUAGUUUCAACAAUCAAUUAAAUGAGAUCGGGCACAAGAAUUCCACCGGUGGAUGGUUUGUAUCAGAGGGAGAGUCUGUUCUACUUGCACAUGAUGACGGUUCUUGCACGUUCUACGAUGUUGUCAACUCUGAGGUGAAAUCCACAUACGAGCCUUUAGCCGAAGUUUCAACUAAUCUGUGGAGAGACUGUUGGAUAGUACGUGCACCUGGUGCAGACGGUUACUCUGGAAGAUACGUUGUGGCUGCAUCAGCCGGAAAUAGAACCGAUGCAGGCUUUUGUUCAUGGGACUUUUACACCAAAGAAGUAAAAUCAUUUCACAUAGAUGAAGUGACUAAUACAAGUAGUACAAGUAACCGGCAAUGGUGGUAUAAACCGUGCGGUCCACUUAUUAUCUCAACAACCAGUAAUCAAAAGGGUGUCAGGGUUUAUGAUAUUCGCGAUGGAGAGCAUGUUUCGAAGUGGGAUGUGCAGAGUUUUGUUUUGUCAAUGGAGAAUUCGAGCCCGUUGCAAUGGAGAAACAGGGGAAAGGUGGUUUUAGCGGAGACUGGGGGUGUUUGUUUGUGGGAUUUAGGGUCCAUUACCCCUGAACCGUUACUCUCGGUUUCGGCUAAUGGUGAAAAGAUUUUGGCACUUCAUGUAAAUAAUACUGAUGCUGAGCUUGGUGGAGGCGUUCGCCAAAGAGUAAGUUCAUCAGAAGCUGAAGGGAACGACGGUGUAUUCUGCACAUCAGAUUCUAUAACCGUACUAGACUUUCGUCAUCCAGCUGGCAUUGGUCUCAAGAUUCCAAAACAUAACACCACUGCCCAUUCGGUUUUUUCUCAUGGGGAUUCCAUCUAUCUCGGUUGCAGUGGCUCACCAUCAGCCACCAAAAAACCGCCAUCCUCCGCCCAAAUCCAACAGUUCUCUUUACGCAAACAGAAGCUGUUCACCACCUACACGUUACCCGAAUCUAACACACAUUACAAAGCCAUAACACAAGUUUGGGGUAACUCAAAUUUUGUCAUGGGUGUAUGUGGCUCGGGUAUGUUUGUAUUUGAUGCAUUGAAAGAUGAUGACUCGAGAGGUGAUCAUGGAAAUUGUCAAAAGCUUAGAGAGACUAUCGGGCCUGAUAACUUAUAUUGUCCUUCGUUUGAUUAUUUGGGAUCACGAGCUCUGCUUAUAUCAAGAGACCGCCCUGCGGUCUGGAAAUACUUAGCUUAGUUACCAUAACUUAUGGUUUUGAGUUUGUGUAAUAUAUUCGUCACCAAGUGUGUGUAUUUGCUGUUUCGUGUAUUGUUUGUUACAUUUCCGUAUGUCAUGGAGUUUGAAGCUUAAUACAUGACAACUUAGGAUCUGUUUAUAUAAAAACCUGGUCAAUUUUAGCC